UACCCCAGGUAUUGUUUAAGGAAAUCACUAGGCCUAGCGGCUCAUUGUGAUUGAAUCGAAAAUACUUUUUAUUACCCGAUAUAGUAGGAAAAUCCAGUCCUCCACAUAAAUAGAUAUUCAGACUAUAUUCAGUCUGAUCUAUAAAUAGAUUGAAAUAUGUGGAGCACUAGGUGUGGUUACUAACUAAAAAUAGAGGAAUGUUUGGUGUGAAGGUCGAACCUCCAAUAGCAAAAACAAGUACUCUCAGAUGGAUAUAGGAAACACUUUCGAGAACUGUACAGUGAACGUCAUAGCGAAACCUUAUCCUCCCUUCGUUACUAGCGACGGAGGUGGCUUUGAAAUAGAAGUUCUAAAAACCGUUGGGUCCAUUUUGAAUAUUAACUUCAAUAUAACAAUGAGUAAAGAUAGUGUCGACAGUUGGGGUGAUAAGCUUGAAAAUUCUUGGACAGGAAAUCUGAAUUUAGUUCACGACAAAUUAUAUUUAGGAAUUGGAAACCUUGAUACAAAUAUUGAACUUCUGAGAGACUUUGAUUUCUCCCAAUUUUACCACAUGGAGCCUUUGGUAUACGUGGUUCCCGCUGCUAAAUUCGUACCAAAAUGGAGGGUACUUUCGGCGAUAUUCACUAUAGAAAUGUGGGCUAUAUGUUUUGCUGUUUUGAUUAUAUUCGGCUUCAUUUUCUACUGUACUUCUAGAUCUAAAGGUAUUACCAGAAUUCAAGACCCCUUGCUGUAUUCUCUACAGGUAAUAAUAGGUCACGCCGUAGACAGACAUCCUGUACAUGAUAUACAGCGAAUAUUCUUUGUCAGUUUGAGUAUAUUCAGUAUAAUACUAUCAUCAAUUUACACAUGCUCUUUGAUAUAUUACCUGAAAAACCCGAUUAAGCAGCAUCAAAUCAAAUCUUCACAAGAAAUAUUCGACGUAUUUGGAAAUAUGAGAUACACUGUAGGUGGAAUAGCAAAAUACAGAAUGCUGUAUAACGUGUCAUACUCAGAUGAGAUACAAAAAAUAUUCGAAACAUAUGAAACAAUCUCAGAAGAAAACGAAACGGUGGAAUACUGGCUAAAUUUAGUCAGCAAUAGAGAAGACCUCUGGACUAUAUCUAGUGAGUUUUUUGUCAAAUAUCUUCUUGCCCUCAACAGUAACUCAACUACCUACCCAGAUGGCCAACCUAAACUCUUUCCUCUACACCAACAGUUAUUGUCGUAUCCCGUAAGCCUCAUUAUGAGAAAAGGCCACCCACUGUUGAGAAAAAUCAACCCUGUGAUUACAAGAUUACUUUGUGGAGGACUCGUAAUAAAAUUCUGUGAGAAAUAUUUGAGUGAAAUUGGCAAGGACGACUCAAUGGAUAAUAUGCAAAAUACAACUCCGUUUGAAGCUUUGUCAUUGGAACAUUUACAGGGAGCCUUCGCCAUCCUCACAAUUGGAUAUGUUUCAGGAGGUAUAACGAUGUUGUUGGAAUUUUUCAUGAAAACAUUUUUAGCUGACUAUAUAAAGAUCUAGUGUGGAGGACAGUAAAAUAACAAAGCGACUUCUGGCCCACUUCAAAGUCGCACGUCGUUGGUAAAUGUUUCAGGGAGUGGGAGAGACGAACGUGUGACGUAAUCGAUGCAGAGAGGGAUGAAAUAAGUAUCGAAGAGAUUAAAAGAGCGUGGCCCCCUUGGGACUCCGCCUCACCCCUCGGACCCUCUUGGGACUCCGCCUCACCCCUCGGACCCUCUUGGGACUCCGCCUCACCCCUCGGGCCCCCUUGUCACGUACCAGUCACGUGGUCCAAGUGGUCAUUGGCAGCUGAGUGAAAUUAAAUCGAAAAAAACUUAUGGGUGUGAUAAUUGAACCCAGAUCGUCGGCGUGGUAGACGUUGUCCUUAGCCUCAACACCAACGUGCAAUAUUGGGAGUAAUUACGAAUUGUUGAUAUUUAUAGCGGUUGUUGUAGAAGAUACAGAAAUAUCCUUAGAUUUGGGGAAGAGUUGAUGGUUCAUAAAAAGGUGUGUUUGUAAGCAUGAGAGAGACACAUGUGACGUAAUCGAUGCAAAGAGAGAUGGAGAUGGUAUCGAGGUGAUACGCCGCCGAAGCAAGCAUGACAGGUUCAGUGUUGUCGGUUGAAAAAUAAAUAGUUUUUUAUGAGGCGAUGUAGCAUUUGAAGUGUUGCUGGUUCCAAAUUGAGCAUGAAGGUGUAGGAAUACGACUCGAUAAAAAUUGUAUAUUGAAAGCGCGAAAGUCAUAUAUUAAUAAUGAUGAAUGAAUAAUCAUUUUGAAGGAAAAAUAUGGCGGCAAUGUUACGGACUACUAGGACCACGUGACUGGUACGUGACAAGGGUCCCAAGGGAGGCUACGCUCUUUGUAUCUCUCCGAUACUCAUUUCAUCCUUCUCUGCACCGAUUACGUUACACGUUUCUCUCUUCUACUCACUAAAGUCUCUCCGAAACAUUUACCAACGAUGCGCGACUUUGAAGGGGACCAGAAGUCGCUUUGUUCAUCUACUGAGGACAAAAUUUUAUUCAAUAACUGUCGAAAUUAAUAAAA